AUGGGCUCGAAACGACCCGGGGGAAGCGAGUCGGCCGCUAGGGCGCAGCGCGGGAUCUCACCGCCAGAGGCCUCCCAGCACAGGGCCGGUCCCGCGGCACACCCAGAACGACAGACUGGCCUCUCCGCCCACACACCCCACCCCCGCGCGGGGGAGGGGGGCGCACCCCUCACGGGGCCUCACGCCCACCGCCACCUACACCCAGAGCCGCAGCCGGCCCGGGAGAACGCUCUCGCGCCGCGUACCGGCGGCCCCCACAGCCCUCACACGCGCAACCCUGCUGUGCGCCGAAGGCUUCCCCCCGCCCGCCCCACUCCCCCUCAGGGCUCCGGGGGCACUGCGCCACCCGGGGCCGCCACCGGCCGACAGAGGCCGGGAGACGACACCCACGUGAGGCGAGGCCAGCUCGGUCCCAGACCGCGGGGGACGGGGGUGGGAGGGGACAAGGGGGUCGCACGCACGGGACGAGGAGGAAGGCCGGCAGCGGUGGACGCAGCAGGGGCCGCGGGACGGGGGCGAGGGCGCCGGCCCGGGGACCAGAAAACACCGGGACACAGCGGGCCACCAGGAAAACCAGCGCGGGAUCCCACCGCCACCCACACACGAGGGCGGUCCUGCGACGCCUGGGACGCCGGCCGUUCCCGGCCAUCCCUGGAGCGGGCCCCACAACCCGGCCCCGCCGCCAGGGCCGGCUUGCCGUCCAGCCACCUUCCUCCAUCCGUCCAUCCAUCCAUCCAUCCACGACAGAUCAAUCUUCCAUCCAAGUCUGACCCCGAGGCUCAACACCCUGGGGACACGCUCUCCAGCGAGGCGGCCCAGACCGGGCCCACAACACCGCCACCGGCUGCGGCUCCGGGGCGAGGGCGGGCGCGACAGGCUCCUCCCCCUCACCAAGGCUGCGGGGCUGGGGGAGCCGGGGCCCACCAGGCGUCGCGCCGCGACCACCCCCUUCCCCCUGGGCUCACACCACGGGGCGGCCUGGCGCACACAGCACACACGCACGGCCCCCCCACUCGCCAGACACCCGGCGGGGCCCAGCGGGACCCUCCCCCAACUCGGAGGGGGGAGGCGCAGGCCGCAGUAGGCAACAAGCGGCACACGGCCCCACCGCGGGGCCGGCGCACCCAUCAGCCCGCUUCCCACGGAGGGGAGGGGAGCUUUCUGCCCACGUGCUCUGGCAGUCGCCGCGGUGGCCACUGCGCGCUCGGGAGGGGCAGCGGCUGGGGCUCCCUCUCGGAUCGCUAG